UCGGUUCAUUCGGGCCGGACUUCAGUCGUGUUCCCACCCAGCGCGAAGGGAUCACGGAGACCGCGAGAAAAUUCAAACUUAAGCUAUACAUCAAGAAGUGAUCAGUAGUGAUCGAUCCACCAUUCAAGAUAUUUGAGCAAACGCGAUCGACCUAACACCUCGAGCCUUGCUGGUGAUUGAACGGAAAUUGUGUUGAGUGUUGGGUUUUUGGUGAAGUGGAAAACAGGAAGUCCUAGCCUAUAUUGUGCAUCUUGGCGAACAAAACUCGGUAUCGCAAAAGUGAAUGGGGGUGUUGUUUUUGAUGGGCGAUUAGCAAGCUUUCGACCACAGUAGUGAGUUGAUUAAUUCCAAAGGAAAACCAGUGAACUUGAACAUAAGCUUUUCGAAGCAACGAAUCAAAAGUGCCAUCAAUUUUGGUAUGUUUUAGAAAGAUUCCAAUGGUCCUUUUCCAUCUAAAGCCAACAAACUGCGCCGAUUUCCGCGUCUCUUAGUCUUGUACUAAGCGCUUCGAAGAGGAAAAAAAAUUAGUGGCAACGAUCACUGAGCCAGUACAAGUACAAAGGACAACGCUCUAGUAGCUCUUGGCUAGACUAGAGAGAUCAUCUGCCACCGGUCCAAUCUUCUUCUCUAGUAAGAGACGCCUGUGGACGACAAUCCGAAUCACCCACCACCAUGAACAAACAGUUUCCCCAGAGGCAGGAGCUGACGGCAUCGGUGCCGGUCAAGCUGCUCACAGCCGGAACGUCCGCCUGUUUUGCCGAUUUCAUAACAUUCCCGCUCGACACGGCCAAAGUGCGGCUGCAGAUCCAAGGAGAACAACCGCUGAGGACAACGGGAGUUCUGAAAGCGACCCCAGCCACAACGGUGAGCAGCAGCAUCGGGAACAGCGCCCUAAAUGCUCUGAAACUUAACCCUGCCGCCAUUCCAAUCAUCCCCGGAACCCAUCAGCAUGUUCAAUACCGGGGUUUGGUCGGCACGAUCGCCACCAUCACCCGCCAGGAGGGCUUCCUCACCCUGUACAGUGGCCUAUCAGCUGGACUGCAGCGCCAAAUGUGCUUCUCCUCGAUUCGCCUGGGCCUCUACGAUACCGUGAAGGUGUUCUACGCGGGUAUUUUCAAAGAAAAUGAGGCUGGCCUCCAACUGUUAACUCGAAUCAGCGCCGGUCUGACUACCGGUGGUCUAGCGGUUAUGCUAGCUCACCCUACGGACGUGGUCAAGGUGCGUUUCCAGGCGGCUUCCCGUUCCGCCACAGGUCGUCGGUAUACUUCCACACUGGAAGCCUACCGGACGAUCGGCCGCGAGGAAGGUGUCCGGGGACUGUGGAAGGGAGCGGUUCCGAACAUCGGACGCAAUGCUAUCAUCAACGUGGCCGAAAUCGUGUGCUAUGACGUGGUCAAGGAUGUUUUGCUCACCUACACCUCCAUCCCGAACGAUGUGCGGUUACAUUUCAGUGCGGCCCUGGUGGCCGGAUUUGCGGCCACUGUCGUCGCGUCGCCCGUUGACGUGGUUAAAACGCGAUACAUGAACUCACCCAAAGGACAAUACUCGGGGGCGAUCGAUUGUGCCAUCAAAAUGGGCAGCAAGGAAGGUAUGGCCGCAUUCUACAAGGGCUUUGUGCCUUCCUUUGCCCGACUGGUUUCGUGGAAUGUUGUCAUGUGGAUCACAUACGAACAGGCAAAGCUGCUGGUGUUUAAACCGAUGCAUUGACGGUUUUCCGUUAGAGACCACAACUAUUCCUCUUAGAACGUUAAGUUUUUUUGAAGUUUAAAGACGGAAGGGAGAUUUCGAAGAUCAAACUUGUUUUUACUCUGUUGACCCUACCUUAUUGUGAUGUUUCUUCAAGAUCAACGUACAUUCUACUCAAAAAAUGUGAAUAAUUAAAAAGAACUUUCAAAAAGUUAGGCUAAAUAUAUACAUAUAUUUUUAAGGACAACAUGUUACGAACAUAAAAACUAAAGACAAUAAA